AUGACAUGGAGAAGGAGGCAGUUGUGGUACGGACGUCUUAUGAAGAGGACGUCAGAUGAGGCACUGAUCAGACUCAUGCUCACUGUGCGCGUUCGGGAAGGAUUGCACGAGAAGGCACCGUGGGCCUUCAAUGUGGAUGGAUAUGUUUAUGAGGAAUACCUGCAUAUUGAUAUAAUGGCAAGAGGAAGAGGAUAUGGAACAGUAACAGAAAGAAUUCCUGUUGAUGACAAAUGGUGGGACAAAAAGAGGGAGGCUUGA